UCUGUAUAAUACUGAAAUAAUACUUAAAUUUGUGGUGAAAAUUUUCAAUUUAUCAAUCAAUCCGACAUAAUAAUGAUGUCGUCGGACGAAGAAGAUAAUGAUGAUUUGCCGAGAUCAUCUUCAUCGGCAAGCCGAAUAGCAAGCGCCAUUUUGUUCGGUAACAUUGAUGAAAAUGGUGAAUUAACCGACGAUAUAUUUGAUGAUGAAUGUCGCCGUCAUCUUGAUUCAUUGCAACCACAUCUAUCAUCGAUUAUUCCCUUUGAAGAUUUGAUUGAAGAUGAUGAUGAUGAUGAUGAUUCAUCUCAGCAACGACAAUCCGAUAAUGACAAACGUUUAUCGGACGAUGAUGAUGGUAAAGGAUCUGAUUUUGAUUUAGAUACCAAAUCUGAAAUUGCAGUCGAUUAUUCUGAUAUUAAUGAAUUCGUUGCCGAUGAGGAACAAUCAUUUGUUGAAGAUCUGCUGAACAACAUCAUUCAAACGAAUAAAAAUGAUAAUUACGACGAUGAUGAUUACGAUGAUAAAAAUCCGAAUUUAGAUUCACAAUCUGAUGACUGA